AUGUGCGACGAGCAGGGCAACCCGGGGAAGCUGGAUGCCGCGGAGAUGAUCGCCACCGCGGAGUACUAUGCGAAAGGCGCAGUGGCAGGCCUGGCGAUUUCUUCCUCUACGGCCACGAGGGGGCGCUUCGACGCCGAGCAAAGCCGUCGCAACCCUCUGCGACCAGACAACCUUCGCGGGGUAUUCCAACGCUGGGCGAGGCAGCCAGGCUGCGACCACGUGCUGAGAAUGCCCUACUACGUUCGGUUUGGCUCAUGCUUCAAGCUGCGCGGUGUGCUGGAGCGCCCGCGUGUUAGGUGA